AUGCUUCUGUAUACCAGUGUAAAGGCUGCUCAGAGAGGACAAGGGAGACGAGUACAGGGUACAGUUAGAGUCAGCUCUUUAAGCGACAUGGAUUCCUCAUCUAAAAAGCUUCACAAGAGUGACUCGAUACACCACAUGAGCCACCCACAGACAAGGCCAGAGCUGCCUCCCCUGCCUGCGUCUGUUGAUGAGGAACCAUCUGAACUUUAUCAGACUGUCAUGUCACACAGCUUUUAUCCCCCCUUGAUGCAACGAACAUCAUGGACACUGGCUGUGCCCUUCAAAGAGCAGCGCCACCACCGUGGGCCCAGCGAUUCCAUAGCCAACAAUUACUCAUUGAUGGCCCAAGAUCUAAAGCUGAAAGACCUGAUAAAGAUCUACCAGCCAGUCACCAUCAGUGUCCCCAGGGGCAGGAUCAUGCAGGGGCUGCCAUCAGGACCUAAAGGCACGUCAGAGCCAAACAAGAAGAAGAUGAAGUUCUCCUUUGCUGCCAGAGAGGAUCCCACUGGGACCAAGAUGGCCUGUAACACCUCGACUUCCUCACUGAUGAAGAAGGAGGUGAAUACUUCUUUGACUCUCCCAGGAAGCAGACCAAUGAGUCCAGAAGAGCAGAUUAAUGUGAUGUUACAGCAGGAGGUGGAAAUAGAAAGUCAAGAAAAAAACCCAUCUGAUUUAGACCUGGAGAGAUACUGUUACUAUUUGACCCACGGAAUCCGAAGAGAUAUGAUUGCCCCUGAGGAGGAUGGAGUGAUGAUUAGGAUUUCGAAGCUGAUUUCUAGCAAGCUGCUGACAAGUCCCUCCUUGGAACCCCUCCUGGUCACUCUGGUGGAUGAAAUGGAAAAUGACUAUUACAGUAGCCUCAUGAAAAGCAUUGUUGAUUACAUCCUCAUGGACCCAGUGGAGAGGAAGAGGCUCUUCAUCGAAAGCAUCCCCCGCCUUUUCCCUCGCAGAGUGAUCCGGGCGCCCGUGCCCUGGCACAGUGCCUACAGGAGCGCUCACAAGUGGAAUGAGGAGCAUCUGCACACGGUGAACCCCAUGAUGCUCAUCCUGAAGGAACUGUGGUUUACAGAAUUUAGAGACCUCAGGUUUGUUCGAACAGCAGAAUUGCUGGCGGGCAGACUUCCUCUGCAGCCUGCCGAGUACUGGGACCUCAUCUGCAAGCACUGCGCGGAGGCUCGCCAGAUUCUCCUCGCCAAGUGGAUUCCCACUUGUGCCCAGCUUUUUGUCUCAUGGAAGGAGCACUGGGUCCACUUUGCUCCAAAGGGCGACUAUGAUUCAUCUCGAAAUAUUGAGGAAUAUUUUGCUUCUGUUGCUUCCUUCAUGUCACUCCAACUCCGAGAGCUGGUUAUUAAAUCCCUUGAAGAUCUUGUUUCUCUGUUCAUGAUACACAAGGAUGGAAAUGAUUUUGAGGAACCAUACCAAGAGAUGAAGUUCUUUAUACCACAGCUGAUCAUGAUCAAACUUGAAGUCAGUGAGCCCAUAAUUGUCUUCAAUCCAUCUUUUGAUGGUUGCUGGGAAUUAAUAACCAACUCUUUCUUGGAAAUUAUUAAGAACUCUGAUGGAAUCCCGAAGGUGGAAUCUAUCCUGUUCCCAGAGUUGCAAGGAUAUAACCUGACCCUUGGAACUGUUAACAUGAAUGAGAAACUCGUUGCUGAUUUUGUGGAUGAAACAUUUGAGGUAUUUCAGAAAAAUCAAGUUGGCCCCCACAAAUACUUAAAUGUAUACAAAAAGUAUGAUGACUUACUGGAUAACACAGCAGAGCAAAGCAUCACAGCAUUCCUGAAAGAAAAUCAUGAAAUUGAAGAUUUUGUGAUGAGGAUCAAUAGCAUAAAAAAGCGGAGAAGUGAAAUUGCAUCCAUGCACAUUACCGUGCCCUUGGCCAUGUUCUGUCUGGAUGCCAUGAUUCUGAAUUACGAACUCUGUGAGCGAGCACAAAACCUUAAGGACCGUUUGAUUCAGCACCAAGUGGAUGUAAACCGCAACACCAAUACCAGCAUUUGUAAUCAGUACAAUACCAUCGCGGACAAAGUCAGUGAGAUUCCUGCCAACACCGAGGAGCUGGUAUCACUCAUUGAAUUCUUAAGGAAAUCCAGCGAUGUCACUGUGUUCAAACUCAGGAGGCAACUUAGAGAUGCAGCAGAACGGCUGGAGUUCCUGAUGGACUAUGCAGACUUGCCCCAAGAAGAUAUCAAAUUGAACAGCACUCUGUUCCUCUGGCCCGAUCAGAUUGAGGACAUCUUUGAGAACAGCCGAAACUUGCUUCUUAACAAGAGGGAUCAAGCGGAAAUGGACCUGAUUAAAAGAUGCUCAGAGUUUGAGUCACGACUCGAAAGCUACAGCAAGGAAUUGGAAGGCUUUAGGAAGCGCGAAGUGAUGACCGCAGAAGAAAUGAAGCACAAUGUUGAAAAGCUUAACGAGCUUUCCAAGAACCUAACUCAGGCGAUGGCAGAAUUUGAGCUAAUCAAUAAGGAGGAAGAGCUGUUGGACAAGGAGAAGAGUACCUUCCCUCUUCUGCAAGCCCUAAUAACCAACAGGGUGCCCUACGAACAGCUGUGGGUGACGGCCUAUGAGUUCAGCACUAAGUCGGAGGAGUGGAUGAACGGUCCCCUCUUUUUGCUGAAUGCUGAGGAAAUCACAGAGGAGAUAGGAAAUAUGUGGAGAACAACAUAUAAGCUGACCAAGACCUUCGCCGACGUGCCGGCACCCAGGCGCUUGGCAGAGAAUGUCAGACUGAAGGUGGAGAAGUUCAAGCAGCACCUUCCCAUCCUCAGCAUCUCCUGCAAUCCAGGCAUGAAGGACCGACACUGGCAACAGAUCAGUGAGAUUGUUGGUUAUGAAAUAAGUCCCACGGAAACAACUUGCCUUUUGAAUAUGCUGGAUUUUGGAUUCGGCAAAUACAUUGACAAACUGGAGCCUAUUGGUGCUGCUGCUAGUAAGGAGUAUUCCCUGGAGAAAAACUUGGAGAAAAUGAAGUUAGAUUGGGGCAACAUGACAUUCAACUUCGUGAAGUACAGGGAUACUGAUACAAACAUCCUAUGUGCAAUUGAUGAAAUUCAGCUGUUACUCGAUGAUCAUGUGAUAAAGACCCAGACCAUGUGUGGCUCCCCAUUCAUCAAGCCGAUAGAGACAGAAUGCAGGAAAUGGGAAGAAAAGCUCGUUCGUGUGCAGGAAAAUUUGGAUGCCUGGUUGAAGUGCCAAGCUACUUGGCUGUACCUGGAACCCAUCUUCAGCUCAGAGGACAUCAUAGCCCAGAUGCCAGAAGAGGGCAGGAAAUUCGGCACUGUUGACAGUUACUGGAAGUCACUCAUGUCUCAAGUGGUGAAAGAUCCUAGGGUUCUAGUGGCAGGAGACCAGCCACGGAUGACUGAGAAGCUUCGAGAAGCCAACCUUCUGUUAGAGGACAUCCAAAAGGGGCUGAAUGAUUACUUGGAGAAGAAGAGACUAUUUUUCCCCAGGUUUUUCUUCCUGUCAAAUGAUGAGCUGCUGGAGAUUUUGUCUGAGACAAAGGACCCCCUCCGAGUGCAGCCACACUUGAAGAAGUGCUUUGAAGGAAUUGCCAAGCUAGAAUUUACGGACAAUCUGGAAAUCUUGGGCAUGAUCAGCUCUGAAAAAGAAACUGUUCCAUUCAUACAGAAGAUCUACCCAGCAAAUGCCAGAGGAAUGGUGGAAAAGUGGCUGCAGCAGGUGGAGCAGAUGAUGCUUGCCAGCAUGCGGGAAGUCACUGGCCGUGGGAUUGGAGCGUAUGUCAAGGUCCCUCGGAACAGCUGGGUCUUGCAGUGGCCUGGCCAGGUAGUUAUCUGUGUCUCCUCCAUCUUUUGGACUAAGGAGGUGUCCGAAGCCCUCGUGCAAAAUAGCCUGCAGGAGUUUUUGAGAAAGAGCAAUGAGCAGAUUGCACAGAUUGUCGAGCUGGUGCGCGGAAAACUGAGCAGCGGAGCGCGACUGACUCUGGGGGCCCUCACAGUCAUCGACGUCCACGCCCGGGACGUGGUGGCCAAGUUAGCUGAGGACAAGGUCUCUGACCUGAACGAUUUCCAAUGGAUUUCACAACUGCGCUACUACUGGGAGGCAAAUGAUGUACAUGUACAGAUGAUCACCACGGAAGCCUUGUAUGGGUACGAGUACCUGGGAAACUCCCCACGGCUGGUGAUCACGCCCCUCACUGACCGCUGCUACAGGACACUGAUGGGUGCUUUGAAGCUGAACCUUGGAGGAGCUCCAGAGGGUCCAGCUGGAACAGGCAAGACAGAAACUACCAAAGAUCUGGCCAAAGCUUUGGCCAAGCAGUGUGUGGUCUUCAACUGCUCAGAUGGUUUGGAUUACAAAGCCAUGGGGAAGUUCUUCAAGGGACUGGCUCAGGCUGGAGCCUGGGCCUGUUUUGAUGAGUUCAACCGCAUUGAGGUAGAGGUGCUCUCCGUGGUAGCCCAGCAGAUACUCAGUAUUCAGCAAGCCAUUAUCCGGAAGCUGAAGACCUUCAUCUUCGAAGGCACAGAGCUCUCUCUGAACCCGACCUGUGCUGUCUUCAUCACCAUGAACCCUGGCUAUGCUGGCAGGGCCGAGCUUCCAGACAACCUCAAGGCCUUAUUCCGGACAGUAGCCAUGAUGGUGCCAGACUAUGCCCUCAUUGGCGAGAUCUCCCUCUAUUCUAUGGGGUUCCUGGACUCCAGAAGCCUUGCCCAGAAGAUCGUGGCGACGUACCGCCUGUGCUCCGAGCAGCUCUCCUCCCAGCAUCACUACGACUACGGCAUGCGUGCUGUCAAGUCUGUGCUCACGGCUGCUGGCAACCUGAAGCUCAAGUACCCGCAGGAGAAUGAGAGCGUCUUGCUGCUGCGGGCCUUGCUUGACGUCAACCUGGCCAAGUUCUUGGCUCAAGAUGUCCCUCUGUUUGAGGGAAUUAUAUCAGAUUUGUUUCCUGGGGUUGUUCUUCCAAAGCCAGACUAUGAGGUUUUUCUGGAAGCAUUAAACAAUAACAUCAAAAAGAUGAAACUCCAAGCAGUACCGUGGUUUAUCGGGAAAAUUAUCCAGAUCUAUGAGAUGAUGCUGGUACGACAUGGCUAUAUGAUUGUCGGCGACCCCAUGGGAGGCAAGACAUCUGCUUAUAAAGUGUUAGCUGCAGCGCUGGGCGAUUUACAUGCAGCCAAUCAGAUGGACGAGUUUGCUGUGGAGUACAGGAUCAUCAACCCCAAGGCUAUCACAAUGGGGCAGCUGUAUGGGUGCUUUGACCCAGUGAGCCAUGAGUGGACAGACGGUGUCCUAGCCAACGCUUUUCGGGAGCAAGCGGCUUCAGCGUCUGAUGACCGCAAGUGGAUUGUAUUUGAUGGACCAGUAGAUGCUGUUUGGAUUGAAAAUAUGAACACUGUUCUGGAUGAUAAUAAAAAGUUGUGCUUAAUGAGUGGAGAGAUUAUCCAGAUGAGUCCCAAGAUGAGUCUGAUCUUUGAGCCAGCUGACCUCGAGCAGGCAUCCCCUGCCACAGUGAGCAGAUGUGGGAUGAUCUACAUGGAGCCUCACCAGCUAGGCUGGAGGCCCCUGAAAGAUUCCUACACGGACACCCUGCCAUCCAGCCUCACCGAGGAGCACAGGGAACUGGUCAAUGACAUGUUCAUGUGGCUUGUCCAGCCCUGCCUGGAAUUCAUUCGUCUUCAUUGUAAAUUUGUGGUCCAGACGUCCCCUAUCCACCUUGCCUUCUCAAUGAUGAGACUGUACUCCUCUCUGCUUGAUGAGAUUAAAUGUGCAGGAAAUGAGGAAAGCGAACUCUCUGAAGGCCUGUCGAGUCAGCAGAUCUUCCUCUGGCUUCAAGGACUAUUCCUCUUCUCCUUGGUAUGGACUGUGGCCGGCACCAUCAAUGCAGACAGUAGAAAGAAAUUUGAUUUGUUUUUCCGCAACCUGAUCAUGGGUAUGGAUGAUAACCACCCCAGGCCCAAAAGUGUCAAACUCACCAAAAACAACAUAUUCCCAGAAAGAGCAAGCAUCUAUGACUUUUUUUUUGUCAAACAUGGUAGUGGACAUUGGGACCUAUGGACAGAGUAUAUCACCAAAGAAGAGGAAAACAUCCCUGCUAAUGCAAAGGUCUCAGAACUCAUCAUCCCCACAAUGGAGACGGCCCGGCAGUCCUUCUUCUUGAAAACCUUCCUGGACCAUGAGAUCCCAGUGCUGUUUGUGGGUCCCACAGGCACUGGAAAAUCAGCCAUCACCAACAACUUCCUUCUCCAUCUUCCCAAAAACAUCUACGUGCCCAAUUGCAUUAAUUUCUCUGCCAGGACUUCAGCCAAUCAGACCCAGGACAUCAUCAUGUCCAAGCUGGAUCGAAGACGGAAGGGACUUUUUGGGCCUCCUAUGGGGAGGAAAUCAGUGGUAUUUGUGGAUGACCUCAACAUGCCAGCCAAAGAGGUUUAUGGGGCCCAACCCCCCAUUGAACUCCUGAGGCAGUGGAUUGAUCAUGGUUACUGGUUUGACAAGAAGGACACAAGCAGACUGGACAUUGUGGAUGUGCUACUUGUGACAGCCAUGGGUCCCCCUGGAGGAGGAAGAAAUGACAUCACUGGACGAUUCACUCGCCAUCUGAAUGUCAUUUCCAUCAGUGCCUUUGAGGAUGAUACUUUAACUAAGAUCUUCUCUUCUAUUGCUGACUGGCACUUUGGGAAAGGGUUUGAUGUGAUAUUCUUAAGGUAUGGAAAGAUGAUGGUACAAGCUACCAAGAUAAUUUAUAGAGCUGCAGUAGAGAACUUUUUGCCAACUCCCUCCAAGUCACAUUAUGUCUUUAACCUGAGAGACUUUUCACGAGUGAUCCAGGGAGUACUACUCUGCCCUCACACCCACCUGCAGGAUGUGGAAAAAUUUAUCCGCCUUUGGAUCCAUGAGGUUUAUCGUGUCUUUUAUGACCGGCUGGUAGAUAUGGAAGACAGACAGGUCUUCUUCAACAUGGUGAAAGAAACUACCUCCAGCUGCUUCAAGCAAACCAUGGAGAAGGUGCUCAUCCACUUGUCACCCACUGGAAAGAUUGUGGAUGAUAACAUCCGUAGCCUCUUCUUUGGGGAUUUCUUCAAGCCAGAGAGUGACAAUAAAAUCUAUGAUGAGAUCACUGAUCUGAAACAGCUCACAGUGGUCAUGGAGUAUUACCUGGAAGAAUUCAACAACAUCAGCAAGGCUCCUAUGUCCCUGGUCAUGUUCCGGUUUGCCAUUGAGCACAUCUCCAGGAUCUGCCGGGUCUUGAAGCAGAACAAGGGCCAUUUGCUCCUAGUAGGGAUUGGGGGCAGUGGGCGACAGAGUGCCACUAAACUGUCCACAUUCAUGAAUGCAUAUGAGCUAUACCAGAUCGAGAUCACAAAGAACUACACAGGCAAUGAAUGGCGGGAAGACCUAAAGAAGAUCAUGCUGCAGGUUGGGGUGGCCUCCAAGAGCACUGUGUUUCUCUUCACUGAUAAUCAGAUCAAGGAUGAGUCAUUUGUCGAGGAUAUCAACAUGCUUCUAAACACAGGUGAUGUGCCCAAUAUCUUCCCAGCUGAUGAGAAAGCGGACAUUGUAGAGAAGAUGCAAAUGGCAGCCAGAACAGCAGGAGAGAAGAUUGAAGUCUCUCCUCUUUCUAUGUACAACUUCUUUAUUGAGAGAGUAAAAAAGAACCUACACAUUGUGCUAGCCAUGAGUCCAAUUGGGGAUGCCUUCAGAAACCGCCUGCGGAUGUUCCCUUCAUUGAUCAAUUGCUGUACAAUUGAUUGGUUCCAGUCCUGGCCCACUGAUGCCCUGGAGUUGGUAGCCAACAAAUUUCUAGAAGAUGUGGAACUUGAUGACACAAUUCGGAUAGAGGUCAUCUCUAUGUGUAAAUACUUUCAGGAGAGUGUGAAGAACCUGUCACUUGAUUAUUAUAAUACACUUCGAAGACAUAACUAUGUCACCCCCACUUCUUACCUCGAACUGAUUCUAACCUUCAAGACACUCCUGAAUAGCAAGAGGCUUGAAGUAGAUAUGAUGAGAAACCGAUACCUGACGGGCUUACAAAAACUUGACUUCGCAGCUUCACAGGUGGCAGUGAUGCAGGUAGAACUGACUGCCCUCCAGCCUCAACUCAUCCAGACCUCUGAAGAGACAGAUAAGAUGAUGGUGAAAAUUGAAGCAGAAACAAGAGAAGCUGAUGCCAAGAAACUUCUGGUUCAGGCAGAUGAGAAAGAAGCCAAUGCUGCUGCUGCUGUUGCUCAAGGAAUCAAGAAUGAAUGUGAGGGGGACCUGGCCGAGGCCAUGCCAGCGCUGGAGGCUGCACUCGUUGCACUCGACACCCUGAACCCUGCUGACAUCUCGCUGGUGAAAUCAAUGCAAAACCCCCCUGGCCCAGUCAAGCUGGUCAUGGAGAGCAUCUGUGUCAUGAAGGGGCAGAGACCAGAGAGGAAACCAGAUCCCAGUGGCUCCGGUAAAAUGAUAGAAGAUUACUGGGGAGUGUCAAAAAAGAUUCUUGGAGAUCUGAAGUUCUUGGAGAGCCUUAAGACGUAUGACAAAGACAAUAUUCCCCCACUGGUCAUGAAGCGGAUCCGAGAAAGGUUUAUCGAUCACCCAGAAUUCCAGCCAGUUGUCAUUAAAAAUGUGUCAUCUGCCUGUGAGGGUCUGUGCAAGUGGGUGAGGGCCAUGGAGGUAUACGACCGCGUGGCCAAAGUGGUGGCCCCUAAACGGGAGCGGCUGAAGGAAGCUGAGGGGAAGCUGGCUGCACAGAUGCAGAAACUGAACCAGAAACGAGCAGAGCUGAAGCUGGUAGAAGACCGUCUGCAGGCCCUGAAUGAUGAGUUUGAAGACAUGAAUGUCAAGAAAAAGACACUGGAAGAAAACAUUGAAAUCUGCUCCCAAAAGCUGGUCCGGGCAGAGAAGUUGAUCAGUGGUCUUGGUGGAGAGAAGGACAGAUGGACAGAAGCUGCCCGUCAGCUGGGAAUCCGUUAUAUUAACCUAACAGGGGAUGUGCUGGUGUCCUCAGGGACUGUGGCUUAUUUGGGAGCCUUCACAGUAGAUUACAGGGCUCAAUGCCAAAAGGAAUGGUUGGCAAACUGUAAGGACAAGGUCAUCCCAGGCUCCAGUGACUUUAGCCUCAGCAACACCCUGGGGGAUCCUGUAAAAAUCCGUGCCUGGCAGAUUGCUGGGCUUCCCAUUGACUCCUUCUCCAUAGAUAAUGGCAUCAUUGUGUCCAAUUCCAGGCGCUGGCCCUUAAUGAUUGACCCUCAGGGACAAGCUAAUAAAUGGGUCAAGAAUAUGGAGAAAAUGAAUAAACUGUCUGUCAUCAAAUUCUCUGAUGCCAACUAUGUAAGGACGCUGGAAAAUGCCCUGCAGUUUGGUACCCCUGUCUUACUGGAAAACAUUGGAGAAGAGCUGGAUGCUUUUAUUGAACCUAUAUUACUCAAAACAACAUUCAAGCAACAAGGGGUUGAAUACAUGAGGUUGGGUGAAAGUAUCAUCGAAUACUCCAAAGACUUCAAGUUUUACAUCACCACUCGUCUAAGGAAUCCACAUUACCUCCCAGAAGUUGCUGUGAAAGUCUGUCUCCUCAAUUUCAUGAUCACCCCCUUGGGGCUCCAAGAUCAACUCCUUGGCAUUGUGGCUGCCAAGGAGAAGCCAGAACUGGAAGAGAAAAAGAACCAGUUGAUUGUAGAAAGUGCCGAGAACAAGAAGCAGCUAAAGGAAAUUGAAGAUAAGAUCUUGGAGGUCCUCUCCCUGUCUCAAGGCAACAUUCUAGAGGAUGAAACAGCCAUUAAAAUUUUGUCCUCCUCCAAGGUACUAUCUGAAGAAAUCUCAGAAAAGCAGGAAAUCGCCUCCAAGACAGAAAUGGAGAUCGAUGAGACUCGGAUGGGGUACAAGCCAGUGGCUGUUCACUCUGCCACCAUCUUCUUCUGCAUCUCUGACCUAGCCAACAUCGAGCCCAUGUACCAGUACUCCCUGACGUGGUUCAUUAACCUCUAUGUGCUCUCCCUAGCGAACAGCACCAAGAGUGAGGAACUGGAUCUGCGGAUCGAAUACAUCAUCGAACACUUCACCCUGAGCAUCUACAACAAUGUGUGCCGCUCUCUGUUUGAGAAGGACAAACUGCUCUUCUCCCUCCUCCUAACCAUUGGCAUCUUGAAAGAGAAAAGGCUAAUUAGUGAGGAAGUUUGGUUCUUCCUUCUAACUGGAGGCAUUGCCCUGGACAACCCUUACCCCAACCCAGCUCCUGAAUGGUUGUCCAAGAAGGCAUGGGCAGAAGUUGUACGCGCAUCCUCAUUGCCAAAGCUGAAAGGUCUGAAGGAACAUUUGGAACAAAACACUAAUGAAUGGAAGCUGAUCUAUGACUCAACCUGGCCCCAUGAAGAGACCUUCCCUGAACCUUGGAAGUUGCUUGAAGGGUUGGACAGGUUGGUGAUUCUCCGGUGUUUGCGGCCUGACAAGAUGAUCCCAGCCAUUAGGGACUUCAUUGCUGACUUCAUGGGGAAUGUAUACAUUGAAGCCCCCACAUUCGAUCUCCAAGGAUCCUACAAUGAUUCCAGUUGUUGUGCACCACUGAUUUUUGUGUUGUCUCCAAGUGCAGACCCAAUGGCAGGCCUGCUGAAGUUUGCAGAUGACUUUGGUAUGGGAGGUGCCAAGACGCAGACCAUUUCUCUUGGCCAAGGCCAAGGCCCUAUAGCUGCCAAAAUGAUCAACACUGCCAUCAAAGAUGGGACCUGGGUGGUAUUGCAGAACUGCCAUUUGGCUACAAGCUGGAUGCCUACGCUAGAGAAAAUCUGUGAGGAGGUCAUUGUUCCUGAGAGCACCAACAUGAGAUUCAGACUCUGGUUAACCAGCUAUCCAUCAGAGAAGUUUCCAGUCAGCAUUCUCCAGAAUGGGAUCAAAAUGACCAACGAGCCCCCAAAAGGGCUCCGGGCCAACCUAUUGCGCUCCUACCUCAAUGACCCCAUCUCAGACCCCACGUUCUUCCAAAGUUGUACAAAGCCAGUGAUAUGGCAGAAGCUAUUGUUUGGCCUUUGCUUCUUUCAUGCCAUCGUUCAAGAGAGGAGGAACUUUGGACCCCUAGGUUGGAAUAUUCCUUAUGAAUUCAAUGAGUCUGACCUAAGGAUUAGCAUGCGGCAGAUCCAAAUGUUUCUCAAUGACUACAGGGAGGUGCCAUUUGAAGCUCUGACCUACCUGACAGGAGAAUGUAACUAUGGAGGCAGAGUGACUGAUGACAAAGACCGGCGUCUUCUCCUGUCUCUUUUGUCCACAUUCUACUGCAAGCAAAUCGAGCAGGAUCGUUACUAUCUUGCUCCUGGAGAGACUUACUAUAUCCCACCCUAUGGUUCCUACCAGUCCUAUAUCGACUAUCUCAGGAACCUUCCCAUCACAGCCCACCCAGAAGUCUUUGGCCUCCAUGAGAAUGCUGACAUCACCAAGGACAACCAGGAAACCAACCAGCUCUUCCAGGGGGUGCUGCUGACCCUCCCUCAACAAUCUGGAGGGUGUGGCAAAUCGCCUCAGGAAACUGUUGAGGAGCUGGCUCAGGAUGUACUCUCCAAGCUUCCCAAAGACUUUGACCUGGAACAGAUCAUGAAGUUAUACCCUGUGGUCUACGAGGAGUCCAUGAACACUGUCCUACGGCAGGAACUCAUACGAUUCAACAGGCUGACCAGAGUGGUUCGCAGCAGCCUCAUUAAUCUUGGCCGGGCCAUCAAAGGGCAGGUCCUGAUGUCCUCAGAGCUGGAGGAAGUCUUCGACAGCAUGCUCGUGGGUAAAGUGCCAGGCAUGUGGGCAGCCAAGUCCUACCCAUCACUGAAGCCCCUGGGGGGCUACGUGGCAGACCUACUGGCCCGCCUGGCUUUCUUCCAGGAAUGGGUUGACAAGGGACCCCCUGUGGUCUUUUGGAUCUCUGGAUUCUACUUCACGCAGUCGUUUUUGACUGGUGUCUCUCAGAAUUAUGCCCGGAAAUAUACCAUCCCCAUCGACCACAUUGGAUUUGAGUUUGAGGUAACUAUGCAAGAAACAGCCAUGGAGAGUAAGCCAGAAGAUGGGGCCUACAUAAAAGGACUCUUCCUAGAAGGUGCCCGUUGGGACAGGAAUAUGAAGCAGAUUGGAGAAUCUCUCCCCAAAAUUCUGUACGACUCAUUGCCCAUCAUCUGGCUGAAACCUGGGGAGAGUGCACUAUUUUUGCAUGAGAACAUUUACAUGUGUCCAGUCUACAAAACAAGUGCCCGGAGGGGGGUCCUCUCCACUACUGGCCACUCCACCAACUAUGUCCUCUCCAUUGAGCUUCCAACAGACAGGCCCCAGAAGCACUGGGUAAACCGAGGGGUAGCCUCCCUGUGCCAACUGGACAACUGAUGGCCUGGCCAUGGAACAAAGUA